AUGACGGUGUCAAACGUCUACCAGAUCUCUCUCGUGCUCCUACUCGCCUUUCUCUCCAUAUCCACCGCGUUCGCGGUUGAAGACCUUGCCCCGCAUUUUGAGAACAAACCCCGGAAGGGACUCUUCAGAGUGAAAAUCCGUCUCGGCGACAAGCCAUCCCACCCCAUCCGCGGAUUGACGGAAAAGAACUCCGCCAACGCGGCUCCGUCAACCUCCACCCAAUCGCAGCUCUCCUCGCUGCUCGCGUCGACCACCUCAGCCGUCCGACGGAUUCUCCAUGGCACGAUGAUUGGCCGCAAUUCCCCCGCAUCCGGCGCCGCAUCUGCCGACCGCCACCACAACUCGCGCCUCCUGCAGGACCUCGCGAACACACGCAUUGCGACGACUCGCGCCAGUGGCGGACACCCCCCCGGUGUGGGGCACCACGGCGCGGGGAAGGGUCAUCACGCCGCGACCGCCGCGGGGCACCACGCCGCGGGGGUGGGGCAUCACGGCGCAGGCAAGGGCGGACACGCGGUCGGCGCGAACGUGGGAACCAUGAUCGGGCACCACCCCUUCGGGAAGGGCCACCACCUGAAGCCCGGUCAGCUGUGCCUCGGGAACCAAUCGGUGUGCGACCUCUGGAAGGGGACUGCCGAGAACUUCGACACCUGCUGCGGGCGCGCCUGCCGCAACGUGCAGUUCGACAACUUCCACUGCGGCUCGUGCAUGACGCCGUGCAGCGGCUCGUUGACGUGCUGCUCGGGCAACUGCACCGACACGCUCAACGACCCGAACAACUGCGGCGGGUGCAACCAAGUGUGCCUCGGCGGCGCCAAGUGUGUCCAGGGCGUGUGCGAGAGUUACGGCGGUGCCGUACCGUCCGGCAAUAGAAGAUAG